AUGAAAUGGUGGCAGCGCGACUUCCUAAACGCGAGAAUUGAGGAAUUGGCAAGACAUCAAGGCGGCAUCGUCUUCAACCCUCUCCUUGUCAAGAAGCUAGCAGAGACACCUGGAGAAGUCUACAGCAAAGACGCCUUGUACAACCCGAAAUUCACCAGCAGCUUCCACAGGAACCUCUUGGGCGGCGCGAGCGAAGACGCAUCCUGCACGCGCAUGCUCAUCAGCCAGCCACCUCUCACAUUCAUGACGAGCAGCAUUGAGGUGGCCGACGAGCCGUUGCCAUUGUCAGACCAGAAUGGUUCCAUGUUUGCGAUUGCUCGGGCGCUAUGGGUACCCCGGCGCACCAUUGUCGCGGACGACUACCCCUUUCCUAAGCCAUACGGGCUAGGCCAUGGGAGGACGCUUGCAGAGCUCAGAGAUAGCCUUCGUGACAGCCUUCAAGACCAUCAAGUGAUCCUUCCAGGUGCGCUGUGGACUUCCGCGUGGGCAGGAUCGAGAAACGUGGAUACGCUGUGA